GGGGGGGCCCCCGCCCUGACGUCACGGCGCUGCGCGCGGAGGAGGGGCGGGGCUCGCGGCAGAGCGCAAGAUGGCGGAGCUGGACCUGCUGGGCUCGAUCCUCAGCGCCAUGGAGCCGCCCCCGGGCCUGGGCGACCGCGAGGCCCGCCGCGCCAAGGAACAAACUGCACGGCUGAAGAAGUUGCAGGAGCAAGAGAAACGCCAGAAAGUCGAGUUCAGGAAACGGAUGGAAAAGGAGGUGUCGGAUUUCAUUCAGGACAGUAGCCAAACAAAGAAGAAAUUCCAGCCCAUGAGCAAGAUUGAGCGCAGCAUCCUGCACGACGUGGUGGAAGUGGCCGGCCUCACCUCCUUCUCCUUUGGCGAAGACGAGGAGUCGCGCUACGUCAUGAUUUUUAAGAAGGAAUUCGCCCCGCUGGAUGAGGAGCUGGACGCCUACCGCCGGGGAGAGGAGUGGGACCCGCAGCAGGCUGAGGAGAAGCGCCGGCUCAAGGAGCUGGCUCAGAAGCAGGCGGAGGAGGAGGCGCUGAAGGGGCCCACCGUGGUCAACCCCAACACGGACUACAAAGACAAGUACAGCCACCUCAUCGGCAAGGUGGCUGCCAAGGACGCCGCGCACACCAUGGAGGCCAACAAGGCCUACGGCUGCGUUCCCGUUGCCAACAAGAGAGAUACUCGCUCCAUUGAGGAGGCCAUGAACGAGAUCCGGGCCAAGAAGCGGCUGCGCCAGAGCGAGGACGAGGGCCCCCCCCUGCCCGCCAGCCACUCGUAGAGGAGGAGGGCGCCCGGCCGCGGUGGCCGCCUCGUACUGUCUGGGCACGCGCGGGGACUUCAGGGAGCUGCUGCUGCUGCUAUGUGUGAAUCCUAACCGGGGGGGGGGGGCUCCCGUGUUGACCCGGGCACAUGGCGCCCUCCCCCCUCCCCCGUUGGACUUCAGUAUUUAACUUGUAGCCUAGGAUUGCAUUUUAAGAGGCAGGGGAGGGGGGGGCUGUUUUAAUCUUCUAUCCUUUUCACGAGAGGACUGAGCAGGGGGCGGGGCGCGUUCUCCCAGCCUGGCAAGGUAGGAGGGCCCUCUGCAUGUGCGCUGAUGGAGGGCCAGUUGGCGAGCCCGUCCCCUCUUCCCUCCCCACCAAGGCUGCCCCCUCCUUCAGCUUCACUUACCCCUUUCCAGUCCAUGGAGGAAGCCCUGCAGGAUGGCUUCCUCCUGAGAAGGCUAGCGGGGGGCGGGGGUCAUGGCCUGCCCCUGAUUAGUCCCACUCUUCCCCCCACCCGGGAUAGGCCUUGGGCCUGCCGGACUCCCUGUCUCCCACCAGAGGGUGCAGCACCUUUGGGUGCUAUUCUGCACCUCCCCCUUUCCCCAGCAGAUGUCACUCCUGCCCCUCAGAAACGCCCCUCAAGACCCAAGUCCAGGGGGUGGGAUUUGCCCCCUGCAAGGAAGAGCGGUGGGAUCUUGCUGGCAUGUGGGGAUGGGGCCCCCAUGGGGUGGGGGUGGGAGUAGAUCCCUGCUGAACUUCUCCAACCAUCUUCCUAGAUUUUUAUCACGUUUUAUUAAGGUUGUAAAUAGAACUGCUGGCUUCCUUGUGGGGGGAAGCCGGGUCUGCUGUGCUCCCCUUUCCGGGGGGGGCGGGUUGAGGUUCUGUGACGCUUGUCUGUAAAUGCUGGGGGGGACGUGUGCGCCAUUAAAAGUGGUUUUGAAACGCU